AUGCACUCUGACAAGUCGUCCCCUCUGCCCCCCAAUCCAGACGAUGUCCUUGACCAGCUGCGCAAUCUCUGCUCCCCCGCCUUUCUCACACACGACACCGCCGCCAUGCACAUACGCGCCAUGGCCCUCAUUGGGCGUCUAAAGUCGCUUUACCGCGCCGCAAACACAGCAACGCGUUGUCGCAAAGAGGAGACCGCAGAGGCCCGUCAGGAGAUGGACCAGUCUCAUCUGAACCUUCAGAAUCUGCUUUAUGAAAAGCGCCAUCUCGAGAGGGAGAUUGAGAAAUGUCGCCAAUUUGCGUCGAUAUACCAGGAUAUCCCGCUUUAUACUCUCGAAGAAUAUAACCUACUGGCGCCUGAACAAUCUCGCACAGAGGAAAUACUUGCCGACGAACAUCAGCUUAUGCUCAACCGACUGACCUUUGAGCUCGCGGAACGCCAACGACUAGAUCUCAAGAAAAAAGAACUGAUGCAGCAAAAGGAAGAGCUUCUCAAAGAGAGUAAAGCCAAAUCAACCACAAUGGAUAGUGUCAAGGCUCAUAUUGAAACACUCAUGAAAACCGCUACCGAAAUUCAGAAAAAAGUCGACGAGCUCGUCCAACCAAUACCCACACAAGCAGGCGAGGAUUCUCGGACUAUGUCAUUGUAG